AGAAGAUUUGCGCGUGCAGGAGUCAUGUUGCGGUGUUGUCCGUCGCCGCCGCGGGCCCCGGAGGGAACAGCGGUCUUAUCGCGGGACUCGAGCCGAGCAGCAGAGUCAGAGUGAGGCUUGGGGGGGAAAGACUCGUCGCUUUGGCGGACAUUCCCACGAUGGACGACAGCUUUGUCCGCAGGGAGGCGAACCGUCCGCGGCGGGUGUCCUCCGACCAGGUAGCUAACGUUAGCUCGCGACAUGACAAGGUGGUCAUGGUAGCGCCUGUCCGAAAAUCACACCCCACCGCGGGCAGACUGAGCUUCGCUGCGAGGAGGAUGGAGCGGAGGAGCUCAGCACCGCAAGUGGUCCACCAGCGGCAUAUGCCGAUGGAGCCAAAUAAAUUCCAUAUUCCGAGGAAAACUAAAGAAAAGAAAGCCCUGUUCCAGUUCGUCCCCACUGAGUCCAGGGAAUACGAAGACAUGAAGACCGUCCUAACCUCCAGCUACAUCGACACCAACUCUGCCGUCUGCUUCACCUACAGCAACCCUCGGCUCGUUCACAGCGAACUCUUAGAGAAGGAGUUCGUGGAAAAGAGGAAGGAAAUGAAGGCUGACGGAAGAACGGAUAAAGAGAUGGAGGAGAGUUAUUGUUUCUUGUUGACCACGUCAGCCCAGCUGCCGGUUCUGUGCGAGAAGGGUUUGACUGUGGGUCAGAGCAGGAUCACGCUGCUGGGAGAUCCUCGGAAAGGCGCGUAUUUGUCGAAGUACUCUGAUCUGCUGCGGUCCAACCCCUUCACUCCUGGAGCAACAGGCGAGAUCAUUAUCUUCAAGGUGAUGAAGGGAAAAGUUAAGAGCGUUUCUGAAAACAUGAAGAUUGUUCAAGAUCCAACGCCUCGCUUCGACAGCCACAUCGCCAAGAACGCCAGCAAGGUCACCUCGCUCACCUGCUACUGCGCUUUUGAACUCACUCAGCAAUACUUUUACGAGUAUUCGUUCGACGAGCUGCGGCAGCGGCCUCGACAGGUGUGUCCGUACGCCGUCGUUUCCUUCCACGUUAAAGGAAAAGACGCUCCACUUCCCAGCAAACCUGCUGCGCCCAUCAGGUUGAACAGUCAGCCCUCUGAACGGACUAACGAGCGCAUGCAGUUCACCGUGUGGAGCGGAGAGUUGGUGAAAAACGGCCGAGUUCUUGUCCAAGUGUCUCUAAGGUCCAGCUCCGUCCCCUUCCUGCCUCACAGGCUACCAGAGAAGUUGGACGUUGGGUAUUUGAUAAGACUUGAUCGCGUCGCCAAACUGAUCCCCUCCGGCCUGCUGUGCUACAACCUGUACAGCGGCAGCAAGGAAGUUGUGGCUGAUGGUUAUAACUGCAGUCUUCUGGAGGUGACUGACAGAAAUCGAUCUACGAUCAACGUGACGAAACUGCUGCAGGAGCUGGAGAUGAAAGGAGUGGUUCUAGUGAGUCCGCUUACAGAAAGAGGUUUUCUCUUCCUGCUGUCCAGUGUUCAGAUGUGCACGUUGUCCGAAAGGGGAGACACCUGGAAGAGGUGUCUGCAGGCCUUGUUUGUUUUCCCGGAGCCCAGAGACGUGUCCAAGUUCACGUCAUGUUAUGCCUUCUCUCCACACGAGUCAGUAAAGUCCGGUGCCUCGGUGAUGCCACGGCUGAAAGAGGCCAUCCCAGCUCUGCACCAGGCUCUGACGAAAGCUCGAGCCAACCCUCCUUCUAACCUUUCAGCUAGCGUGGAGCUCCAGACACAGGAAUACCUCAGCGGCUUGAAGAAUGGCAGCGUUUCACCGUACCCCAUGACCAACUACGACCCCAUACUGGACCAAGAGGGAAAGCUGUGUCCUCCCAAACACCACCGGGUGAGCAUGGACAGCUACCUGCAGUCCUACAUGUCCAAUCCCAACCACUACCUGCUGCCAGUGCCCCGAGUCAAACAGCUGGUGCAGGCGCACUGCAGCCCCGAGCAGCCGCAGGAGACGACGCCCAGGAACAACGGCCGAGGCCAGAUGGAGGCAGCGGGCAGCACCAGUGAUGGACAGCGCAAUAAUCAAAAGAUGCAGCAGCUGUUGGACCUCGUCUGCACCUGUAAGAGGAACGCAGAAAUCGAGGUGAGGAGGGAGGAAGGAGAGGGGCUGAAGGCACCAGAGAGGAAGAGAAAGCUGGAACAGGAAACUGCAAAAAGAGCUCUGAAAUACUUCAAAGCAUCUCAGGAAACGGGAAAACACGACAAGAUUCCAGUUGCAGGAAACAAAGUCCCCUCGUCUCGUUUCUCUUUUACAUCUUUGAUCGGCUCGUUGGGUCUGAAGGAUGUUGAUUUAAGGAAUGGUGGAUCUGAACUUACGGACAAAUUUGUUUUGCAGCUGAAAGGGCUCAUCAAGACGGCCAAUCAGAGCGAGGCACAAGACGGAGGACUGAAGGAGUCCAGUCCGUUUGGUCAGCUGGCUACAAAGCUGGGUCUGCCCACAAACUGUGACAUUGACCUGAGGAAGCAGGAGGAGCUGGAGGAGCAGACGGCGGCCAGCGUCAGCAGUUCAGAGGGAUUUAGUCCCAGUUCCCACAGCGGGGACACAAAUCACUACAGUGCACCGGAUCGAGGAGGAAGGUCUGGGUGGAAAGAAGCAGCUAAUGAAGAGGAGGAGAAAGACUGGGACAUCCCGUGGGUCCUUAUCCCCAUAACAGGUUUGCCGUCUGGGAGGUAUUUUCAGAGAAACAGGAACAUCCCUCAGGAUCCCCGUUUCCAGCACCACACUACGGCAACAAGCAUCACAACAACCGAACCUCCUAAGAAGAGCCCCGCCUCGUCUCCUGAGCUCAGCCUGCCUCCCUCCGCCACCCAGCACUCACCCCCUGCCCCCAGUCCACCUCCUUCACCCUCUCAUUGUCCAUCUCCUGACCCCAGCCUUCCUUCACCCUCUCAGUGUCCAUCCCCUGACCCCAGUCCACCGGUUUCACCUUCACCGUGUCCAUCUCCUGACCCCAGCCCCCCCGAUUCUCCUGCCGAGUAUCCGUCACCUGAAACCAGCCCUCCAAAACCCACCCAGUGCCAGUCCCUGGAGCGUCCUGAGCCAAACCCUUUCAACACAAACCACGGUGGUGCUAACAAGCCACAGUUGGCCUCCGCAGUCCUCAAGGAGUUUCAAGGAGCGUCUGAUGCAACAGAAAUGAAGCCUCAGAGGAGAGCGAUCAAGAAGGAGGAGCACUCCGUGCCUGUUUCUGCACUCGUGGAUCAGCAUCAUGCUCCAGCUCCAGAGCAGAGGAGCACUCCUUCACCCCCACCCACUGACCAGGUCAUGGAGCCGGAGCAGGUGGAGGUUAAAGCUAAAAGUUCAGAAACUCAGCCACAUGAGAAGAAGCAAAUAAAAAAAGAGCCUGUUGUGUUUAAGCAGAUUAAGAGGGAGGAGGAGGAAAUGUUAAUAGACAGUGAACAGAAAAGGAAAGGAGGGAUGCAGGAGCUGGGAGGAGGAGCUGCAUUUUCUCCCUCUGUCUCCUCAAGCACAGCUUGUCCUGUCAGAGACAUCGACAGCAUCGUGGACAAACAUUUGGGAGACUUUGCCUCCGACAUAGAGCUCCUCCUGCAGGAGGAGAGCGGUAACUGCAGCCUCCCUCAGAUCUCUCACGCUUUACAGACCUCCAGACACCAGCACAUGCUCCCGUACGCAUCACUGUCUCCAUUUUCACAUUAUGUGUCCUUCUACAACCCCUGCCCCCCGGUGCAGGACUACAUGAGCUCUCUGAAGGACGGCAUCAGCUGCAUGCUGAGAGAGUUGGAUGGGAGCUGGCCGAAGCACCAGGCUGACACCAGCCACAAUGAUCCCGACGAGACUUUGGCUCAAAGUAUCAGUGACUUUGUGGCCAGCUUCAGAGCGGAGAGUUCUGAAACGGGAAGGAACGAGGAGGCGUUUCCUGUCCGUGCUGGACCAGCCGCUGGCGUCGAACUUUCUGUCAGUCAGGCUUCUGUGUUCUCCAGAGUAGGUGAAGUCUGCCAGCCGGAGGAUACACCCUGGACACCCCUGUCUCCUCACCGGUCUGUCUCUGAGCCUGACUCUGUGUUUGGUUCCACCUACACACCUGAAGACGCUUUAGAGAUCAACAGAACGAUUACUCAGAGCGUCACUGAAGCUCAAGAGAACGGCACGGUAAGAACCGUCGUCUGCACUGCUGAAGGUGAGGAGAGUCCUGCAGGUGCAAACUGCAUCGUGACAGUCCCCGGAUACAACCACGCUUCUAACAGCCAGACAGAACCCUCCCUGUCCUUUGAGCCCGUCUCCAGCCCGAGCUCUGCUCUCGUCCAGGAUACCGAUUCAGAACCCGUUCCUUCAACCACAGACCUGAGCUCCGUCAUCAACCAGCUGAAUCCGGACGUGCUGAACAACCUGGUGGAAAUCGCCAAAGACAUUAAAAGAAAGUCCCCGCAGUUCUACGUCCACUGCGCGGUGCCAGGGGACCCGGUCUACGAAGAGGUCAAGGAAUAUCUUCUGAAUCUGGGUAACGUGCAGCAGAGUCCUGUCGACUUUCUAGACAAUGAGAACUCCGAAAACGUUCUCCUGGUUAUCAUUAAGAACAAAGACACAGCCGGACACAUUCACAAGAUCCCAGGCCUCGUGUCGUUGAAGCGGCACUCCUCUGUGGUGUUUGUGGGCAUCGACUCGCUGGACGACAUCAGGAACAACAGCUGCAUCGAGCUGUUUGUCUCUGGAGGCUGCAUCGUCUCAGACGAGCUGGUCCUCAGUCCGGACAUCAUCACUCACGACGGACUCUCCGCUUUGCUGAUGCUCCUGGAGAAGAACAGUUCUCCAGAGAGCGUUUGGAGGUGGAAGGUUCACUGCAAAACCCACAAGAAGCUGAAAGAACAAGCCAGGUUCAGAAAAGACGCAGCGAACCUGCUGGAUGUCCUGCUGACCUACCAGAAGCGUCAGAUCGUAGAGUUCCUCCCGUAUCAUCACUGCGACAUGACGAACCAUCCGUCCCCUGACCUGGACUGUCUCAUCGAGCUCCAGGCCCGGUACACCCAGUUCAGACACACCAUCUACCUCACUGAGCACCACUUUGAGAAGUUCCCUGCCUUCUCCAGUGGAGGCAUCAUCGUGGCCAGCAUUAACGAUGUUCUGCAGAACUUCAGCCGACUCGUCGGGUGCCACAACGUCAGAGACAAACAGUUACUGGUAGAAGAUCUACUCGCCCCCAAAGGUCUCGGCGAGCAGGGGAACCAUCAGGACUUCGUCCCUGGCUACAGUCCCUCCACCUUCUCUGAGAACAUCCAUCCCAUCUCCUUCUCCAGCCAACCCCAGGAGCUCCUUCCCCAGCCGUCCUCCACCCCGUCCCCUCAGCUCCACGUGUCCGACCAGAUCGUCCCGGACACCGCCGACAUGGAGAUCCUGCAGCACGCCAUCCAGCAGCUGCGAGCGCAGCGUCUGGAGCAGCUGCAGCAGCUCAGACAGCAGCAGCAGCUGCUGGCGGUCCAGUUAGAGUCCAGCACCGGUUCUGGUCCCCAUCCUGCUGGUACCGUCACACCCCCCCUGGUCCACGAGGAAUCCACAGAACAGGACACGCCCAACAGGACAGCAGUGACGACCACCCUGGAGUUGAUUCACUCUGCGCUGCAACAACCGUGGGAAGAGAGGAGGGAGGACGGGCAGCUGUCUCCCACAGAGGGAGGAGAUCCUGGAGGACUGAGACCGUGUCCCCAGGUCAGAGGGGACGGACUGGAGACAGGAAAUGGGACUUUGAGGAACACUGAUUCGUCUGUGCUCUUAUCCAGUCAAACUGCAGCCGCAGUGAUGGAACCAACCUCUGACGGGGGUGAAGGAGAACCGGAUCGACCCGGAGAACCGGAGAGUCUCGCAGCAGCUGAGGACGAGGUGUCCACAGCCGAGGACGGCAGGUCCAGAGACCUGCAGUCCAACCUGGAGCAGCCGGCCGUCGCCAAGGUAACCAGGAUCCCCGUGGUACCGGACCGGGCACGUGACCCAGCACAGCACGCCCAGCAGCCGAGUUCUUCUCCCCUCCUGUCCCACAGCCAGCCGCCUCAGCGGGGGGUCGGCCUGCUGCACCCCCAACACAUGGCUCCAUUCCACAGACAACCGUUCCACCCCGGUCCAUUUCUGGGGCAACCCCGUCCUCUGGGGGGGAUCAGAACCUUCAUGGGGCCCACACACCUCUGGCCUGGAGGUCUAACUCCCACCGGCGGGCCUCUGGUCUGGGGCUACCAGCAGACCGGCAUGGACUUCCUGGGAGGGUUUUACGGUCCUGCAAACCCGGGGGGCAACAUGUACAGGGGGGCCCGGCCAGGAGGAGGUUUUAAUGGGAUGUAGGGGUCCAUCUGAUCCGAGGACGUCCCCCGCCUGCUGCUCAGGAAGUCGAACAGAACCCAGAACUUUAAGAACGUUUUGAAAGAACUCACUUUCUGGUUCUGUAACGAACGUUUGGACGGUUUCUGAACUCCAGUUGUUCCAGGAAACGAGCCGAGAAACGAAAAACAAACAAACAAACAAACAAAACAAGCACAGGUUCAAAAAAGAAACAGCUGACGAGGCGUUAACGAGGUUCUGCUCCUCCGCGCUGCAGAUUGAAGCUCAGAUUUUAUUAGAACUC